CGCCGCGGGCUCCCGGGGGUAGCCCGCCCGGGCUGAACAGGAGCUCUGGUGAGGGCGCGGGGCGGGCGGACGGGACCCCGCCCGGACCGCGCUGGGGAGGAACGUCGGCGCGGCAUUAGGACCCAGGCGCGGCGCAGGCUUGUGUCACCGGCUUCAGCCGCCGGCCCGCCCUGGACGCCGACGUUGGGGUCCCGCGGCACCUGGUGAGGAGCCAGGGCGUGCACGUUGGUGUGCAGCCGUCCCGCGGCUGAUCGCUGGGGCCAUGGCCGCGGCCACCAGGCGCGUGUUCCAUCUCCAGCCAUGCGAAAACUCUUCUACCAUGUCUCAGAAUGGAUACUUUGAGGAUGCAGGCUACCUCAAGUGUGACGCGGAUGAUGCCUCUGAAACCCGUGAGGAGAGCCUGGGGGAUGAGGCCUUCGACACGGUCAACUCCUCCAUUGUGUCUGGCGAGAGCAUCCGUUUCUUUGUCAAUGUCAACCUCGAGGUGCAGCCCACCCAGUCGGAGAGUGAAUCGCCUGGCGGCUACGGGCUCCUACACACCUCCCGCAAGUACCUGAAGUUAAAGAACUUUGAGGAAGAGAUCCGAGCACACCGGGACCUAGACGGCUUCUUGGCACGGGCCAGCAUCAUCCUGAACGAGACAGCCACCUCCCUGGAUGACGUGCUACGGGCCAUGCUGUGCCGCUUAGCCCAAGACUCCCACAGCACUGAGCCCAACUGCAACUUGGACCUGCUCAUGGCCAUGCUUUUCACGGAUGCCGGGGCCCCCAUGGAGGGUAAAGUUCACCUACUGUCAGACACCAUCCAAGGGGUCACUGCCACAGUAACGGGGGUGCAAUACCAGCAGUCGUGGCUCUGCAUCAUCUGUACCUCCAAGGCCCUGCUGAAGCGGCACGUGUGCAUCAGCCGCCUGGUUCGCCCGCAGAACUGGGGGGAGAAUUCCUGUGAGGUGCGGUUUGUCAUCCUGGUGCUGGCCCCACCCAAGAUGAAAAGCACCAAGACUGCGACAGAGGUGGGACGCACGUUUGCCACCAUGUUCUUAGACAUCACCUUCCGCCAGAAGCUCCUGAAGACCCGCACGGAGGAGGAAUUCAAGGAGGCCCUGGUACAUCAGAGACAGCUGCUCACUGUAAUGAGCCACUGUCCGAGCAUCAGCAUGAAGGACUACAGCAUGAGCUCCAUCUGCAACCACAGACCCCCGCAGCCCCCACGGCACAAGGACUUUCUCCCCAUCGGGAGGGGCAUCCGGGAGGACAUCGCCCGCAGAUUCCCUGUGUACCCCCUGGACUUCACUGAUGGCAUUAUCGGGAAAAACAAAGCUGUGGGCAAAUACAUCACCACCACCCUGUUCCUCUACUUCGCCUGCCUCCUGCCCACGAUUGCCUUUGGGUCCCUCAACGAUGAGAACACGAACGGGGCCAUUGAUGUACAGAAGACCAUAGCUGGGCAGAGCAUUGGAGGCCUCUUGUACGCACUCUUCUCCGGGCAGCCGCUGGUGGUGCUGCUGACGACCGCACCCCUGGCCCUCUACAUCCACGUGAUCCGUGGCAUCUGUGAUGACUACGAUCUGGACUUCAGUACCUUCUAUGCAUGGACAGGCCUGUGGAACAGUUUCUUCCUCGCGGUUUAUGCCCUCUUCAACCUCAGCCUGGUCAUGAGUCUCUUCAAGAGGUCAACGGAGGAGAUCAUUGCUUUGUUCAUUUCCAUCACAUUCGUGCUGGAUGCUGUCAAGGGCACGGUCAAAAUCUUCCAGAAGUACUACUGUGGCCACAACCCUGGGAACUACUACGAAGAUAGGUCUUCCCCGGUGAGCCUGCUGGGCCUCAGCCCCAGCCUCAACAGCAGCCUCCACACUGCCCUCAACAGCAGCCUCCUGGCCGGCCCACCAGAGCUGACUUCAGUGGGCAGCCAGGGCCCCGAGCACCUGGCCCGGGACACGGCUGUGCUCAGCCUCCUCAUCAUGCUGGGGACACUCUGGUUGAGCUACACCCUCUACCAGUUCAAGAAGAGCCCCUACCUGCACCCCUACAUGCGUGAGAUCCUGUCAGACUGUGCCUUGCCCAUCUCAGUGCUUACCUUCUCCCUCAUCUCUUCCUACGGCUUCCAGGAGAUCAAGAUGGGCAAGUUCCGCUACAACCCGAGCAAGAGCCUGUUUGAGAUGGCCGAGAUGCACUCGCUAUCCCUGGUGGCCGUCAGCGGCGCCAUGGGCCUUGGCUUCCUCCUCUCCAUGCUCUUCUUCAUCGAGCAGAACCUGGUGGCUGCCUUGGCUAAUGCCCCGGAGAACAGGCUGGUAAAGGGCACUGCCUACCACUGGGACCUCCUGCUCAUCGCCAUCAUCAACACCGGGCUGUCUCUGUUUGGGCUGCCCUGGAUCCACGCUGCCUACCCCCACUCCCCGUUGCACGUGCGGGCACUAGCUUUGGUGGAGGAGCGUGUGGAGAAUGGGCACAUUUACGACACGAUUGUGAGUGUGAAGGAGACGCGGUUGACCGCCCUGGGCGCCAGCAUCCUGGUGGGCUUCUCCCUCCUGCUGCUGCCCUUCCCGCUACAGUGGAUCCCCAAGCCUGUGCUCUACGGCCUCUUUCUCUACAUCGCGCUCACCUCCAUCGACGGCAACCAGCUGUUUGCACGCAUGGUCCUGCUGCUCAAGGACCAAACCUCGUACCCACCUACCCACUACAUCCGGAGGGUGCCCCAGAGGAAGAUCCACUACUUCACAGGCCUGCAGGUCCUGCAGCUGCUGCUGCUCUGUGCCUUUGGCAUGAGCACUCUGCCCUAUAUGAAGAUGAUCUUUCCCCUCAUCAUGAUCGCCAUGAUCCCCAUCCGCUACAACCUGCUGCCCAAAAUCAUUGAAGCCAAGUACCUGGACGCCAUGGACGCUGAGCACUGAGGACCUGACCACCAGGCCCUGGCCACACCCCAUUCGCCCAUCACUCUGGGUCUUCCCAGGCUGGCUCUGUGGCUGUGUGUUGGGUAUCUUAGGGUGCUGCUCUGUGCUGCACACCCUCACAGCUGUCCCAACUGGCCUAGGGUGUCUGGGCAUUGAGGGGGCUCCAAGGUGUGUGUCUGCUCCUCUUCCCAUUAAUUAGCCUUUUGCUUUGGGUCCGGAACUCUGCUCAGGGCAGCUUCUGCCCAGGGUGGGACUAAGCAGGACGGAUUUUCUUUUGAUAAAAGAGCCUGAAAGAGAAACCAUUUCCUUGAUUGUGUAAGGAACUUGCCAUAUGCAUAUUAGAGAAUAAAGCUCCUGUUUCUACGCUUCUACAUACUGCCUCCAUCCAUGCUGCCCUGCUCCAGCCUCUGAAGGCCACCUGAGGGCCCUGAGGAGGGAGAAACCCUCCCAGGGGAAGUGGGAUAAAAGGGACUGACUUGUUGAGUGCUGCCUAAGGGCUAUUACUUCCAACUCCACACAGUAGCUCAACAGGGAAACGUGGAAGAUAAGACCAGGAGGCCUUUGUUCUGCCAUGUUUCCAGGAACCUGCAGGGAAAGUGGGCUUGGGGCCAGUGAAGAGCCCAGUGGCUGGUAGGGUGGGAUGAGCACGUUCACGGUGCUGCUUGCAGGAUGGGUAAAGUUUAAAGGGGACAGAAAAUGUACUGUGCAUCCAGGACAGAACUCAGGAAGCAGCUGAGAAGCAGACACACAGGGGCGCCCUGCUCCAAGUGCCACGUGGCAAGCGAUCCUUCUUUGGGGCCCCCACCCCAGUAGCCUGUGUGUUUCCUGCAGGUGGGGCUAUGUCCAGGAUCACCAGGCAAGGAGUAGGCAGGUCCCCCGGCACCCCACACCUGAGUUCCAGCCAAACACCACCCACCCCAAGCAGACAACUCAGAGGAGGCUGGGCACCAGCACGGGCACUUUCUGAGGAAACAGCCCAGCUGGGCUUCACAGACAAGAAGGGAGCAAAGGGAUGAGGUCCUGUCCUCACCCACACGUGCUGAUGAAUUUUAGGGGAGGAAACAACUGUUAAAUCUAGGCCCUGGGCCGUGCUGCUAGGACUGAGGAGGGGAUGUAACUUAAGCCUGGGAGCGACACACCAGCAUUAAGGACCCCCCACCCCACCAACCUGCUGCACACAACAGGCUUUUCUGAUUGUCCUUGGGGUUGGGCACCUCCUCUUUACCAGAGUAACACCUGCAGGAAGGCAAGGGAGCCACCCCAGGCCUCUGAAGUCCCUCCCAGGGAAGGGCUUCACCAGGACACAGUAAGGGUCUGGGGUAGCUGAGCUGGGCCUCCUGAAGGGCUCAACUCAGCUGGCCCCCCCAGGCUGAACCGUGGCAUGUCAACCCAACUGGGGUCAAGAACUCCAUCCCUCCUCCCUGCCAUAAAAAUGAACCUGGCGUUAUAACCAUAAACCAACAUUUUAGC